GCCCGCACGCACGCACACACACACACACACACACGGCUGAACCAAAAAAAGCACACUCCUCAACUCCACCGGUGGGGGGGACACAGACACCAGAUGAGAUUUGUUUCCAAACGCGCACCGAUGGCGGUGUGAGGCGUUUGGCUGAAGUACGCACGGCGUCGUGGAUUUGUGAAAGAUUUUUGUGCAUCUUCUUCCUGUUUGGAUCCUGGUUGCGGGGAAAUAAACAAAGCUAUGGAUUACUCAGUCUGCUUACUUUUACUCCUCUCAACCAUUUCGUCUGUGUCGACCGGACAAUUCCCAACAGCGCAAAUGAUAAAGGAAUGGGUUGACCAGAUGCAAAAAGAGUUGAUCACAUUAACAGACACAUCCAGUGGUAUGGACAACCUAAUACAGAUAUAUCACAAACACAGACCUCACUUCAGCGUGGAGUCCAACAAUGCAAGGCAACUGGUGGCGACGGCUGCUGGGAAUAUAGAGAAACUGCUGGCUAACCGCUCCCGAGCACUAAAGAGGCUGGCAUCAGAAGCAGAAAAGUUUCAAAUGGAGCACGAGUGGAGGGACAACAGUGAGGUCGACAAAAUGGUUUACUACAAUGCCAAAGAUGACCUUAAUCAGACAGAGGAUGGAAAGGGAAGGAAGAACCGAUAUCUUCCUGAUGAUUUUGAGAUAGACCCCGACUUCAAACGACUCGUCUCGUACAACACCACUGCCGUCCACAUCCCUACGGACAUAUAUGAAGGCUCCACCAUAAUUUUGAAUGAGCUAAAUUGGACAGAGGCCUUGGAGGACACUUUCCGAAAAAACAAAGAGGAAGAUCCCUCAAUCCUCUGGCAGGUGUUUGGCUCUGCCACCGGAUUGGCUCGGUACUACCCAGCAUCCCCUUGGAUCGACUCGAGCAAUUCAGCCAAUAAGAUCGACCUCUACGAUGUGCGCAGGCGACCGUGGUACAUUCAGGGGGCAGCGUCACCCAAGGACAUGCUGAUCUUGGUGGAUGCGAGCGGCAGCGUUUCGGGUCUCACCCUGAAACUCAUCCGAACUUCCGUCAACAAGAUGCUGGAGACCCUCUCUGACGAUGACUACGUAAAUGUGGUCUAUCUCCCUUCGUUCAAUGACAAGGCCAUGUACGCAUCAUGCUUUGAGAACCUGGUGCAGGCCAACGUCCGCAACAAGAGGAUGCUGAAAGAUGCUGUGCAGAGCAUCACGGCCAAGGGUAUCACCAACUACAGAGGCGGCUUCGAGCUGGCGUUCGAGCAGCUCGCACAGAUGAACGUGUCAAGGGCAAACUGUAACAAGAUUAUCAUGCUCUUCACUGACGGAGGAGAAGAGAGGGCAGAGGAAAUCUUUGAAAAAUACAACCCAAAGCAGGCGGUGCGCAUCUUUACAUUUUCAGUUGGUCAACACAACUACGACAAAGGACCAAUACAGUGGAUGGCCUGCGCUAAUAAAGGGUACUACUAUGAGAUUCCAUCUAUAGGCGCCAUCAGGAUCAACACUCAGGAGUACCUGGAUGUUUUGGGCAGGCCUAUGGUAAAGGCUGACAGAAAGGCCAAGCAGGUUCAGUGGACCAACGUCUACCUGGACGCACUGGAGCUUGGCCUGGUGAUCACUGGAACUCUGCCUGUCUUCAACAAGACCAACACAGGCUCAAAGAAAUCUCAAAACCAGCUCAUCUUGGGAGUUAUGGCCAUUGAUGUCUCCCUGGAUGAUAUCAAGAGACUGACGCCUCGCUUUACUUUUGGACCAAAUGGCUACUACUUUGCCAUUGACCCCAAUGGAUACGUGCUGCUCCACCCUAAUCUCCAGCCACUGACUGCCAAGUUUCAUGAACCUGUUACGCUGGACUUCCUGGAUGCAGAGCUGGAGAAUGAGAUCAAAGUGGAGAUGAGAAAAGAAAUGAUCGACGGUCUAACAGGGAAUUACACAAUAUCUACAUUGGUGAAAUCCCAAGAUGAGCGCUACAUUGACUUAGGCCAGAGGAUGUACACCUUUGCACCAGUGAAGGGGACGGAUUACAGCCUGGCCCUGGUCCUUCCUGACUACAGUAUGCAUUACAUCCGGGCCAACAUUGCAGACACAAUCACCCAGGCAAAAUCGUUUUUGGGGAAAGAUGUUUCUGAAAGCCUGAUGGCAGACAAGUUUGAUGAAUAUGGAUAUACAUUUAUUGCACCGAGGAUGUACUGCAAGGACUUAAAGCCACCUGACAAGAACAAAAACAACACUGAGUUCCUAAUUGAGUUCAACAACUACAUUGACACAAAGACUCCAAACAACCCCAUGUGUAAUGUGGAACUGGUGAACCGAUUGCUCCUGGAUGCUGGUAUCACCUCAUCUCUGAUCAAGUAUUGGAAAGGAACCGAGUUGCAGCAUGGUGUCUUGGCCAGAUUUGUUGCCACCGAUGGAGGGAUCACACGGGUCUACCCCAAAAGUGCUGGGCUGUACUGGAAAGAAGAAGCAGAGACGUAUGAGUCCAGUUUCUAUAAGAGAAGUUUGGACAAUGAUCUGUACGUCUUCACUCCAACACCUUACCUCACUAAAGAGAACACAAGUGACGACUCUGUCCUGGUGAGCAGAGCAGUAAAUCUCAACAUUGAUGGCAUCAUACUCAAACCAGCGGUGGUAGGCGUGAAGUUGGACAUUAGUGCCUGGAUGGCAAGCUUUAUCAACAUCACACAGAAGAUCAAUUGCAAUGAUGAGAUCUGUGGUUGCCAGCGAAACGAUGUGUAUGUAGACUGUGUCAUUCUGGAUGAUGGGGGCUUCCUUGUGAUGUCCAAUCGAGAUGAAUAUAUUGAUCAGAUCGGGCGUUUCUUUGGUGGUAUCGACCCGAUCCUCAUGGUGAAUCUGGUCAACUCGUCCCUGUUCACCUCUAAGAAGACCUUCGACUACCAGUCGCUCUGUGACCCAGAGAAAGAGAGCAAGGCGGCUGCGGGCCUGCGAUCCGUCUAUGUGCCUACAAUUGCAGACAUUUUGAAUUUAGGAUGGUUCGCGACAGCUGCGGCCUGGUCAAUGCUGCAACAGUUACUGGUCAGCAUCACAUUCCCCAAUUUCCUGGACGCAGCCGAGAUGGAUGAUGAAAUGUCAGACGCCAUGCUCAAAGAGGUCUGCAUCACAGAGCAAACUCAAUACUACUUUGAGAACAACGACCGGUCUUUCAGAGGCACAAUCGACUGUGAAAACUGCACCAGGCUCUACCAUGCUGAAAAGCUGCCCAAGACGAACCUGGUCUUUAUCAUUGCUGAUGCAAAACUCACCUGCUCGUCCUGUGACACCAAGCCGUUAAUACAGGAUGAACAGCAGUCUAAUGGUCCUGAUCCCUGUGAAAUGGCUCAGAAUCCGCGCUACAGAAAAGGGCCCGCAGUCUGUUUUGAUAACAAUGAACACGAUGAGGCCAUGUGCCGAAGGAGCGCAGGCUCCCCAUUGGCUUCCUCUCUGCUCAUGUUACUGCUGCCACUGUUCAUGUGCUGUCUCGGGAGAAGGACCCUGACUGUGGCGGGGCGUCCGGACUGAGCCCGUCCCUUUGGCUGAUGGCGGCCCUUCAGCUGGUUCUGCUCUGGGUUUUGACUGGCUCCAGACCCCAUGCCAUCCUGUCAUGACCUCUGAAAAUCCUCAUCGCGCCCUCUCUCUCUCUCCCCUUCUGCUAUCUCCAAAAUGGCAACCAGCUGCCACCGAAAUGACGAACGCCCAAUGAGAAGCGCUUGUAACAAACAAACAAAAACCUGUGAGCCCCCACAUCCUGCCAGUUUCUCCUUUUGAUAACUUCACUUUCAGGGGUUUCUCAAAGUGAUUUUACCAGGUGUAAGGGUACAAGUGACGAAAGAAAUGUUUAAUGGAAGA